GAAUUGAACCUUGGAGGAAAUGAACAUAAAAAUUGUCACCAUAUUAUUAGCGGCAUUGAUUGUGGUGUCGGUGGAUGCUGGUUUGCUCGAUGCCAUAAAAAAUUUGAAAGUUUUUCGACAUUUGAAACACAAGUCAAAUGGAACGAAAGAAAAUGAAUCGGAGUCAACGUACCAUGCGAGAAUCAAUGCAAAAGACAGUUUGAAUGAUGAAAAUGAUUGGAUAACUGUUCAGUCGCCGAUCGCGCUCUCGUUGCACAAGUCAAAAUUUGUGAAGCGUGAUUUCGAACCGUUAAAAUUCCAUGGUCAUUGGGAACGAGAAGGUGAAGCAUUCAUCGAAGAUACUGGAUCCUCUGCGAAGAUAACAUUUCAAGGUCGACAUGAACGACCCUUUAUAAGCGGCGGCCUCUUGAAUUCCGGUGAAGUUUACAUUUUUGUAACCGAGUAAUGCGCUAUAUGUUUUAUAUGAAAACGUCACACGAAUCUCCCCCGAAAACGACAUCUUUGGUCUUGCAGCAGAAGCUGUUUCUAUGCUGAAAAUUUCCUUUCAGUUUAAAAAAUUUAAUAUAUUAUUUAUGCAGAAUUGUACAAAUAUUUUAAAACUUUGAAAUGAGAU